UAAAAGCGCCCAUUGUAAUGGCGGAAAAAGAGGAAAGCAGCAGCUCGUGGAUAGAUCCCAGUCUCCUGGUUGGUCUGGGACUAGUGGCAGCUGGAGCUAUUUAUUACUUAGCUUCUAGAAGAGAGAGAGAAAGGAUAUCUGUACCUAUAGAUAACCAGAGCAUUGAAUUAUCAGGUGGGGUGAGGAUAUCAAGAUAUUGUGUCAAUGAGGAGCUGUUGGCUUACAAGUAUGAGGACUCACAGACUCUUUAUGAAGCAUUCAUGAGAGGGAAAAGAGUAUCAAAUGAUGGCCACUGCUUAGGAUGGAGAGAGACAAAAACCUCGCCUUAUCAAUGGCUGAAAUAUUCAGAAGUAGAGGAAAGGUUUAUGAACUUUGGAUCCGGUCUCAGUAAAAUUGGUGUAGCAGCAGGCCAAGAGACAUUUCUGGGAGUAUAUUCGUCAAAUUGCAUUGAAUGGACGAUUACUGAACAAAGCUGUCAUGCUUAUUCACGUAUUGUUGUGGCACUGUAUGAUACACUUGGACCAGAGGCUGUGGCACACAUCAUUAAUCAAGCUACCAUAGAGUGUAUUGUCUGUCACUCAUCUCAUGGUAACGUGAUAGCCAAUGUCUCUGGGAUGUGCAAGCAUAUAGAGGAGUCAAUUGUUCUUAGUCCUGGUGAUUGUCAUAUAUCAUUUCUGCCAUUGGCUCACAUGAUGGAGAGGUGUGUCCAGGUUGUUGUAUUUAUGAAUGGAUUAAAGCUGGGCUAUAUGUUUGGUGACAUUAAGAACUUAGUCAACGACAUUCAAGUUCUGAAACCAACCAUAUUCAUAUCAGUACCACGCCUACUGAACAGGAUUUAUGAUAAAGUGUUGAGUGGUGUCAACUCCAACAAGACAAAGAAGUGGCUUUUUGACACAGCCUUUAAAAGUAAACUAUCUGAAGUUAAAAGGGGUAUACUAAGACGGGACUCAAUUUGGGACUAUAUCGUGUUUGGAAACAUACAGAAACUGCUUGGAGGAAACGUGAGGCUAAUUAUAACAGGAUCUGCUCCUAUCAGUGAGAGAGUCGUCUACUUUUAUCAAGUGGCUUUCGGAUGCUAUAUAGUUGAAGGCUAUGGUCAAACAGAAACAUCUUCUGGUUGUACCAUGUCACUACCUGCUGAUACCACCUGUGGACAUGUUGGACCUCCUGUACCAUCAGCAAAAGUUAAACUAGUUGAUGUCCCUGAUCUGAAUUACUUUGCAUCAAACGGAGAAGGAGAGAUAUGCUUUAAAGGUCCUUCUUGCACUAGUGGAUAUUUUAAGGAAGAGGAGAAGACAAAGGCAUUGAUUGAUGAAGAUGGUUGGGUUCAUUCUGGUGAUAUUGGUAAAUGGCUGCCUAAUGGAGCACUCAAGAUAACUGAUAGAGUCAAGCACAUUUUUAAACUCUCACAAGGAUUGUAUAUUGCUCCAGAGAAAGUUGAAAAUGUCUGUAGUCGGUCUCCUUUCAUUGCUCAAAUGUUUCUAUAUGGAGACAGUCUGAGGAGCAGCUGUGUGGCUAUUGUAGUACCAGAUGAAGAAGUACUGACCCAAUGGGCAGGGGAACAUGACAAAGGAGGCAAAUCAUUUGAAGAACUCUGCACUGAUGAGGAAGUAAAGAAAGCCAUAUUUGAUGACUUAUAUAAUGUGGGGAAGAGAGAUGGUCUGAGUUCCUUAGAAAUACCUAAAGCUAUAGAACUUACCUCCACUGCAUUCUCUGUGGAGAAUGAUCUACUCACUCCAACUUUUAAGCUGAAAAGGCCAGCAGCUCGUACCAAGUAUAUGCCAGACAUUGUUGAAAUGUACUCUCAGCUCCCUGCUUAGCACUUAUAGAACAGUGCUGCUAUCCUAACUUUAAACUAUUGUUUAUAUAAUAUUGAAAACUUCUCCCUCAACUGA